AUGAAUCUUCCUGAGCAUUUGGAUACUACCAUGUCUUUUGACCUCAGAAGAAAACUGCUCUUUUCUGUGAGUCAAAACUUGAUCUCAAGCAGGAGUUGUGGACUCGUCCCGCCAAGUAGUCCCCUUGAUCCAUGGAACAUAAAAGCCCCUGACUACCCAAAACUCUACAGAUCUGUGGGUUUGCCACGGAUCAAGAGCAAAAACAUUCACCUGGUUAAAUCAAAUGAUAGUGUGGAACAAACAUCUUUUGUUUUGGAAAAGAUUAAGGAUGUUACUCCUUCAAUAUUAUCUCCACAUAAAGAACAACCAUUUAUCACAUGCUACAAACCACCAGACUCACUAGAGACAAAACUGCUGUUUGUAAGAGCAGGGACGAAUCCUGUCGGGCCUUACAAAGAUCCAAAACCUCACAACUUCAGACCUUGUGCUGAGGGAAUGCCAGACAUGGUGACGUCUGUGGAAAAGGACCCAGACUGCUUGUUCUUAAAGUCUCAAUGCCUAAAAGCAGUCACUGACAGCCAGCCCGACCUGAACCCUUCUCACAGAAACACAGUGAGCAAAAUGAACACUUUCAAACCGGCAGAGCCUAAAUGGGACUCAAGGCUCAUACUACCAAAGACGCCAUGGCCCCCAAAAUCUGCAUCUUAUACAAGAUAUCGCCGCAGAAGAGGUGUAUAUAGUGCCUUAAUGGACCGAAUUGAAGAAAAGUUUACCAACUGCUGGAGGAAAUGAAUCUGUUUUAAGAGAAACGAAUGAAAGGGUGCUGUUUUUUUCUAAUGAGUUUGCUGCUCACAUUAUUAUAGAGUUGUUUAUUACACACUUUCUUUCUGUUUAUUUUCAUUUCUUUUGAUAAAAAAAAAAACAGUACAAACAAGCAAACAGGCAAAUAUGUUGUUUUUUACUGCACAAACAAAAUAAAUAUAACCACUGCAUUAAUAGAAAUGUUACAAACAAGAUAUUAAUUAAGUUUCGUUUUAAUAUUCACUCUAAAAAAAAAUGAUGCUAUAUAAAAGUGGUUAUUUGGCUCAUAAUCAUAGGGGAACCACUUUAAGUGCUGUAUAGCACCAAAUCUUGGUUCUUCAGCGGUUGUUCACUGGUUCUUUAGGAUGGUUAAGGUGCUAUAUAGCACCACUGCCGUUCAAAGAACCCGUUAAGCCCCUUUAAAGGUUCUUUACAAGCCAAAAUUUGGUGCUGUUUAGCACCAUUUUUGUUGAAGAAAUAAAAUGCGAAAUGGCACCUCUUAUGGGUUCAACAUAGCACCAUUUGACAAAGGUGCUGUAGAGCACCUUUAAAGAUAUGAUGCUACAUAGCACCAAAAGUGGUUCCCCUAUGAUUACAAGUCAAGAACCACUUUUAGGGC